AGCGGGUGAAUACGUUUCGAAUUGAAAGUGCCCGCAGUACUGCCAGUACGUUCGGCGACUCCACAUCGAAACCGCCCGUAAUCCGCAGUAGUACUGCGUGCAGUUUUCAACACGAUUCGAAGAAAGUGCUCCGACAUGUGCCUGCUUCCUGCUGUUUCCGUUGUUGUCGCGUUAGCCGUUUGUCGAAUCGGUGUUACUGCUGAGGAGGAUCAAUUGCAGGCGAACCCCGUCGAUUCGAGCGACCAGCGUCAGGCCAGCCAGAACUACUACUAUCCGACCUAUCGCAAUCAACCCUUGGGGCAUUCGAGACCUUACUACUCGCAAUUCGCCCAGCAGGAAGGCGCUUACAGCCAACGACCCUACCUAAACAACUACGAUCAAUCAGCUAGAUUCAGCGGUUACAAGGACGUCAAUCCUUACAAGACCGAGCAAUCGAGCGGGGCGCUGGGCUCGGGAAAUUUCGGCGUCAUACCCGGCGGAACGUUCUACGGAGACAACGACGAGAACACCAAUUUCGCCGAUUACAAUUCCUACUAUCGCAACGGCCACGGAAGGCCCCAAUACUACUUCGCCGCCUCGAAUCCCAAGCCCUACACGCAGGAGCAGUUCGCCGAUUUCCGCGACUUCGCCGACAUCAACACGCCCCAGUACUCGCACUACGUCGUGGUGUACGCCCCGAAGAAGAAGAACGCUGAGGAAGAUGCCGAAGAAGCUAACACCAACGCUAACACCAACAAACCGGUACCCAGGAAUAUCAUCGAGAGCCUGACUCUGUUGGACUCGCAAACGCCAUCGACUGUGGAGAAGAAACUGUCGAAAUCGAAGCGAAAACUCGCUCAGUUACAGCCCGAGAAGAAGCACCUGCAGAAGAAGCGAAGCAGAGACUUCGACGAGCCGCUGCUGGCGCUUAGCUAAUUUCGAAUUUGUGGUUUCGCUGCGAUUUUCCGCGGGAUUUUUGUACAUAGUUUCUUCGCAUCGAAUGUUCGUUUUUAAAGCAACCGUCUGUACGAAGGUGCAGCCUCUCCAAUAUACCGGAAUAAUUGAACGGGAGGGAGUAUAUUAUUUGACGUACAGUGACUUUGGACCUACCUCGUAGAUGCGAUUGGUCGAACAUGAAUUAAUAAGUUUAAAUUCGAAUAAAAUCG